UGUGCACCGACCACCCGUGUUCCGAACUGCCCCGCUGUGUGCACUGACCACCCGUGUCCUAAACUGUCCCUGUUGUGCGCACAGACCACCUGGGUUAUGCACUGCCCUACUACACGCCUAGACUACCCUUACUUGAACCGCCCCAUGGCGUGCCCGGAGUAUAGCUACUUAUGGUGCCCCUGAGUGCUUGAGCCAUCGCUACCCAUUGAGUCCCCGUGAACCCAAUGUCCCUAGAAAGCUGGGUGGUAGCUGUGCUGAGGCCAGACUCCACAGCUAGAGUCCCGUUGAGUCCCCGAGACCCCUGCCCAGGGGUUGCCGCCUGUUGCCCGAGGUCCCUGCCCAGUGGUAGGUUGCCGCCUGUUGCUCGAGACCCCUG